UGGAAUCCAAGAUGACGGUCGAAAGCAACGAAAAAAGUCCUCUGGUGAAAAGCGAUUUUGAACCCGAACUAAAAGGAUGUGGAGCGUCUGUAUGCUGCGAUCCUCGGAGAAGACUUCACAGAUAUUUAGUUCUGAUUUUUAUCUGUUUUUUGAGCUUCGGUAGCUAUUACUGCUAUGAUAAUCCUGCAGCACUAGAAAAACAAAUUAAAAAUGACAUGAAGGUGGAAACUAGAAAAUAUGUACUGCUUUACUCUCUUUACUCAUAUCCAAAUGUUGUACUCUGUUUUGUUGGUGGAUAUCUUCUCGAUAGAGUAUUUGGUGUAAGGCUGGGUACAUUGAUAUUCAGUUCGUUGGUUAUGAUGGGACAGCUGGUGUUUUCACUAGGAGCAUAUAGACAUAGUUUUACAAUCAUGGAAGUUGGAAGAUUUAUCUUUGGUCUUGGAGGUGAAAAUUUGGCAGUUGCACAAAAUACUUACUCAGUUGCCUGGUUCAAAGGCAAUGAGUUGAACAUGGUGUUUGGUCUUCAAUUGAGUUUCUCCCGUAUAGGAAGUACUGUAAACAUGAAUGUCAACCAUAUAAUUUAUGAUAAGUUCAGUAAGCUGUUCAGUAUCGAUCAGGCAUAUAAAGCAUUGGGAGCAACUUUAUUUGUUGGAGCUGGAGUUUGCCUUUUUUCAUGGUUGUGUGGUGCUGCCAUUGGAUUGCUGGACAAACGAGCUGCAAAGAUCCUGAAGAAGGAAGAUUCUAAAACUGGGGAGGUCAUCAGUUUACGAGAUGUCAAGGACUUCCCAACAACUCUUUGGCUAAUUUUCCUCAUCUGUGUUGCAUAUUAUGUUGCAAUCUUUCCUUUUGUUGGCCUUGGCCUGGCAUUGUUUGAAGAGAAAUUUGAUCUUGAUCCAAGUAAAGCAGGAGCUGUAAAUAGUAUUGUAUUCAUUAUAUCUGCCUGUGCAUCACCAGUACUUGGCUUUAUGGUGGACAGAACAGGAAAAAAUAUAUUCUGGGUGCUUUUGGCUAUCCUCCUGUCAUUGGCAGCUCAUGCCAUGGUUGCCUUUACAUUUUGGAAUCCCUUCAUUGCUAUGAGUAUUCUUGGUGUAGGAUACUCUUUAUUGGCUUGUGCAUUAUGGCCUCUUGUCUCCCUAGUUGUCCCAGAAUAUCAGCUUGGCACAGCUUAUGGAUUUAUGCAGUCCAUCCAGAACCUUGGUCUAGCUGUUAUUACCCAAGUUGCCGGUAUCAUUGUAGAUAGCAAUGGAUACUUGAUUCUAGAAGUUUUCUUUAUUGGAUGGCUGUGUGUGGCGCUGAUCGCUGCUAUUUUCUUAUAUCUUGUGGAUGCCAGUAAAGGUGGUGCUCUUAACCUGUCCUCUCAAGAGCGAAGAAAACUUGCCUUCGAAAGUAAACCUGCUAAAGCGUCAUUAGGUGAUGAAGAGUCAGUCAGGAGUGAGGAUUCUUUUGCUGGUGUCAGUCCUAUUGUACCUCGCUCAGCAGCCCAACUGCGCAUGCGUUUCCUGUCACGUGUUGGCCAGCAGUAUUUUCAGAUACCAGAGAGUCACAGGUCACAUCCCUUGGCUUAUCCACACGUAUUGAAAUAAUGCUCACCUACAAUAACGUAGACAAACACAUAUGAAAAGAAAUCCAUUUGACUGUUGCUAUUUUAACAAACUGACGAGUCAUUUGGAUUGGAAUCGAGGAGAAAAUGUUAGAUAAUUAUUGAAAAUAUUGGGAUUGAGUCAAACAUAAUGCGGCUAGCUUGUCAAGCUUCGUGACAGUAGAGUGAAGACAUUAAACCCGAGAAAUAAGAAAUACUAGUCAAAUGUAAUAGUCAAAUAGACACGAAAUAGAACAGUAGAAUUUAGGUCUACCAAUGCUAUAUCUAUUUAAUGGGUUUAGUGACUUCACUCUAAAAAGCGAUAAUUUUUGGAGUGCAACCACGUUACCGAAAAAUCCCUUGAAAUAUAACCUGAAAUAACAAUGAAACAGUUUUCAUCUUGGUUGAUCUAGCCAGAUAAACUAAUGAGGAAUGCUUUGUUAUCGUCAACCAACAUGGCGACUAUACACUUGAUUCUUACGUUAAAGUACAAAUAUUAUUACCAUGAAAUUGCAUGCUCAUUUAAUAGAACUAGAGUGGUUUUUGAUAAACCCGUUAAAUAGAUAUCUUUCAUUAGUUAGUGUGUAAUAGUGAAAUGACAACAAAAGAGCACAAUGGAAUUAGGUUCUACUAAUUUGUAUUGGGCUCGUGGUGCGUAUUUCACGGCUUUAUGAAAACCACUCUAAUAAGCACUAAAUCCAUUGUUUUCUCUUGUUUACUUAGCGCUAUUAUAUUAUUUGCAUUCUAUUAGGAGCAUUACUUAAGGCCAUUAUUUUUGGCAAAAACUGUGGCGAGAAAUCGUUGCCCGCCCCUGGGAACCCGACAAAAAAAUGUAGCCCUCCCCAAAUUUGAGUUUAAAAAGUUGUGUUCCACCAAUAUUGUUCUGUAGUUAACCUAUUGUAGCUUAAUAUAAAUGAGGUGGUUUGUUUGGAUUAAACCUGUGGAGACAGCGUGCGUUAAAGUCGCUGGACGCCCAGAACAUUUAGAAACUUUGGUUAACAAAUAUCUAUUAUUGCUAUUUUGGCCACAGGUAACCCACUUUUAUAAGAAAAUGUAUGUAGUAAAUAGAUUUUGGAAAUAAAACUUCGAGUAUAUAAAAACCAGAAGUGUA